AUGGAUACUUCACUCAAAGGACCAGGAGAAGCUCAAAAGCACGAUGGAAGUGCUCUUCGUAUUGGAAUCGUACAUGCGAGAUGGAAUACCUGUGAGUAAUCCCCAGAACACGAUAAAAAACAUCCAUCCCCCCUUCAUUCAGCCGUACACCGCACUUAACAUUCGCUAACCACGACACACACCUCAGCUAUAAUCGAGCCACUUCUCGCUGGGACGAAGAAAACUUUACUGGCAAGUGGAGUGAAGGAAUCUAAUAUCGUCGUGCAAUCUGUGCCGGGGAGUUGGGAGUUACCAAUCGCUUGCUCUAAGUACGUGUUACUCGUUAUAUAUUCAUAUUCAUAUUCAUAUUCAUUCCAUUUAUCCCUUUAUCCAUCCCCUCACUUCCGAGACCCUUUAACCUCAACCCUCGACCUCAAACCCCGACCCUAAUACCAAUCACUCAAACUAACCAUUCCGCUCCACUCCACCCUAGACUCUACUCAGCCUCCCAAAUCCAAUCCACGCAAACCUCCUCACUUUCCGCGGGGGACCUACUAGGCUCCUCAACCACCGACCUCACAUCCCUCUCCACGCAAUCACAAAGCGCGUCGACCGCUCCCUUCGACGCCAUCAUUGCGAUUGGCUGCCUCAUCAAAGGCGAAACCAUGCAUUUUGAAUACAUAGCUGAUAGCGUUUCGCACGCCCUCAUGCGCGUCCAAUUGGACAUGGGUGUUCCGCUCGUCUUCGGUUUGUUGACCGUGCUUACCGAGGAGCAGGCUCUUAUGAGGGCUGGUGUGGGUACGACCGGGAAUGGAGGCCAUAAUCAUGGUGAAGAUUGGGGGGCUGCGGCUGUGGAGCUAGGGGUUAAGAGAAGGGAGUGGGCUGCAGGAAAGAUUGUGUGAGGGAUAGAAGGAUGCAAUAGUUAGUAUGGUCCGUCCGAGUGAUGAAAGGAGAGGAAAGAGCAUGAAUGAUUCGACAAUUGGAUGAGGGCAGGCGUUUGAUGUGUGUUUGAGACCGAAGUGUUUUUGGUUCUAGAUUUGGUUCACUGAAAUCAGGCAUAGGCUUGCAUUAAAUGAAGAAUAAAAAAAAGCGUCAUUGAUUAAGUAGGUAGGUAGUAUGAGAGUUCGAUCAUUAAACAGAAAGAAAGAUCAAAAAGAAACAAAAUCCGCCCCAGAUCAGAAAUUAUAUUACUACUAUACAAAGCAGUCAUGC